AUGUUCGACUCCUCUACUGCCCCUUCCGUGUUUCAAGACCUCCAGUAUUCGGCUGCAUCCUCUCCUGCAACUGAUUCUACUGCAUCCACUGUCGCAGGCGACGAUUUCAAUGAACACGAUAAAGACUCCUUCUCCUCUUUCCUGCACGACGCAGAUCGCGUCAAUCUUCUUCGCGAAUACUUCUGGGCUUCACCUCAAGCACCUGCUAUUCGUCCGAUCGACACCCUGUUGAGCAGCGAUGGACCUGGCUCUGCACCUUGGGACAAUGAAGAAUGGGAUGACUAUCUCGAGUUUGAGCCACAGUUUGCUCUUGAGUCGCCAAAUAGUCUUCCGCUCCCGCCAAUGUGGCGUAAUAUUGCCCAAGUCAAUGGUACUCCCAAAGUAGUUCAAUCGAACACGCCAGAGAGUCAUCCUAGCUCCCCCGAAAGCUCAACCGAUUCUUCUGGCAACCGUUACAAUCCCUAUUCACGACUGUUGAAUGUGAACAAACAUGGUGCCAAUUCCCAAAAUAACUACUUCACAUGCCAGUGUGGUCAGUUAUCCAGUCCCGACUAUAUCCUCAACCACCUCCGUUCGCCCCCACAUAACAUCACAUGGGACACUAACGAACGCAAGGCGCCUUGCCCUUGGGAAGGAUGCAACUGUUCAUACACCACCCUGUACCGGUUGACCCUCCAUAUUAGAGAGAAACAUUGGGGUGUCACCUAUCCGUGCGAAUGGUGCCAUGGGGUGUUCAAUAAAACUGGGAAACUACACAAUCAUUUGCUCGUUUGUGCUGCUAAUCCGAAGAACAAGAAGGUGUAG